GAAAAGGCCCGAAAUAUAGGAAAGGAGAAAUUGAAUGCAAUUUUGUCGAGUUUUGAGACCGGGCUUUACAGCAAAUGCCAUGAGUUGGCAUGGAGGGAGACGUGGAAGGAGAUAUUACCAGGACGAUGGGGACAGAAACAAUUAUGGUCAUGGGGCCAGAGGGUUUGGGGAUGAUGAUGGGAGGUAUGGUAGAAAUAGGGACAUGGAUUAUGGAGAGCGGGAUGAAGGCCCUCAGGGUAAUGAUAGAUGGAGGAACAGAGGUGGAAGAGGAAGACCUGAUUAUAGGAGAGAUUACGGUAGAGGCAGUGAUAGUCAAGGUGAAAGACGUGGAAGACGUCCAUUUGGAUUGAGAGGCAGAGACAUUGGAAUGUUUUAUGCUGCUCGAAGCAAGGCCAAAAAAGAAAGAAGGGAGAUUGAAGAGAGACCAUUGGUUGCCAUGGAAACCAGCGAUAUGAAUAAGAUAAAGAAAGUAUUAGAUUCCAUGAAGGAAAGUACAGAAGAAAGGGGCUCUAUCAAAACAGAGAAAAUGAGACCAAGCACAGCUCCAAACUUAUCAAGAGCAACUGAUGCAAAAUAUACUAGCAUGGAUAGUACCGGUACCCAAGGUAGGCAAGCCUCAGCUGUUGGAAUUGACAAAACCUCAACAGAGGGUAGUGACCUGGAGGCAGAAAAGGAGGGUAGUUAUGUUGGGGAGGAAGUCUCUGGAUGGGAGGCAUCAGCCUCUCCUGAGAAGAAGAAGGUUAAGAAACAUAGGGGUAUUAAAAAAGAACCUGAGGAAGACUCGUCUGUAAGCAGUCAAACAGUAGCCUCCUCCAGUGUGAAGGAGGAAGAUAUAGUGAAGACAGAAUUCCCAGAUGUUGAAGAAAUUAAGGAGUUUUCUGAGGAUCUGGAUCAAAUUUUACCAGAGGGAAGCUCUGAUUUAGAGCUUGAUCAAGAGAUAAACCGCCAACCUGAUCUUGAUGAUCAAUUCAAGGCAGAAUUAGAACAAAAAUCAUCAAAUCCCAAGUAUAAGAAGAUGUUAUUAUGUAGGCAACGUUUACCUGCUUACAAACAGCAAAAGGAAGUGGUGGAACUUGUAAACUCGAACCAAAUAAUUGUGUUGAGUGGUGAAACAGGAUGUGGAAAAACUACUCAGGUACCACAGUUCAUAUUAGAUCACUACAUUGAGCGUGGUAUGGGAUCCAUGUGCAAUAUUAUCUGUACUCAACCGAGGAGAAUAUCUGCAAUUUCAGUUGCAGAACGUGUGGCAGAUGAGAGAGCAGAAAAAUGUUCCCAGUUUGAUAGAAGUUCCUCUGUGGGAUAUUCAAUUAGAUUAGAGAACCGACUUCCUAGAAAGAGGGGCUCCAUUUUAUUUUGCACCACAGGAAUUAUUUUGAGAAGAUUGGAGUCUGAUCCAACAUUGAAGUCAGUUUCACAUAUCAUCAUUGACGAAGUUCAUGAGCGAGACCUGCUGUGUGAUUUUCUGAUGGUGGUUGUGAAGGAUUUAGUUGCUGUCCGUCCUGAUCUCCGAGUUAUUCUUAUGAGUGCCACUCUCAAUGCAGAAAAAUUCUCCAAGUAUUUUAAUAAUUGUCCACAUAUCAACAUUCCUGGGUUUACCUAUCCUGUAAAAGAAUAUUUCCUGGAAGAUGUGGUGCAACUUACAGGGUAUUAUCCUGAGCAGCCAGCUCAACCCAAAAGAAAAGGAAGAUGGGGAGGGAAGUGGAGGAAACAACAGCUGAUGGAGGAGGAAGAGGAGAAGUGGAAAAUGGAUGCUUGGGCCAGAAAUCUUCCCACCAAUAAAUAUUCCCGAGACACGAUAUCAACAUUAGAACGUAUGGAUAUGAAGAAAAUAGAUCUAGAUCUAGUCAUGGCAGUUUUGCGUCACAUUGUGAACAAUAUGAAGGAUGGGGCAGUUUUGGUAUUUGUUCCUGGGUGGAAAGAAAUAUCAGAUCUUAAUAAGAUGCUAGAGAAAGAUUCCAGGAUAAACAUUGGAAAGCUUCGUAUUGUCCCAUUACAUUCCUUGAUGCCCACAGUGAAUCAAAGAGAAGUCUUUGACAAACCACCGCCAGGAAUUCGUAAAAUUGUUAUAGCAACCAACAUAGCAGAAACAAGUAUAACAAUUGAUGACAUUGUGUAUGUAGUGGACUGUGGGUUUAUAAAGGUCAAGGACUUCCAACCAGAUACAGGAUUACUGUCUUUGGACAGUCACCCUGUCUCUCGAGCUAAUGCUCAGCAGCGCAGAGGGAGGGCUGGAAGAGUACAAGCAGGUCAUUGCUUUCAUCUGUUUACAAGUCUCCAGUAUGAGGAGAUGAAGGAAUAUCUGGCCCCAGAAAUACUAAGAACAAGGCUGGAGGAGCUGUGUUUGAUGAUUAAGAUGUUGAAGUUAGGGAAGAUUGAACCAUUUGUCAGCAAAGCCUUGGAUGUUCCUUCAGCUGAGUCUGUGAGAGCUGCUAUUGUUCUCCUGCAGAAUUUACAAGCCCUGGAUGAUGAUGAAGAGUUGCUUCCCUUAGGGUAUCACUUAGCCCGACUUCCAUUAGACCCUCACACCGGUAAAAUGAUACUGUUUGCUGCUAUGUUCGGUUGCCUGGAUCCUGUUUGCCUGGUGGCAGCAUGUCUCAGUUUCAAGUCCCCCUUCUUUACACCUUUGGGAAAAGAAUCGCAAGCAGAUAGAUGCAGAAAAGAACUGGCAGGAAGAAGCAAGAGUGACCACAUGAUGCUUAUAAAAGCCUUUAAGGGAUGGGAGAGGGCAACACGAAAUGGAAAUGGUGGAAAGUUCUGUUAUGAUAAUUUUAUGUCAGAAGCAACACUCCGGUUGUUAAAGAAAAUGAAGAAACAGUUUGCGGAACUGUUAUUUGAUAUAGGAUUUGUAAACUCUUCUGAUCCAGAGAACAGAAAAUCCAAUGUUCAUUCAGAUAAUGAGAACUUGAUAACUGCUGUUGUUUGUGCUGGCCUUUAUCCUAAUAUUGCCAAGGUCACAAAGGAAGCCAUACCAGGAAAAAGGUGUGUAGGUGUACAACUUCAGAAUGGAGGGAAGGCCUAUGUCCACAAGCAGUCUGUUAAUUCUUACGUGACAUUUUUCCCAUCAAAGUGGUUAAUUUACCACAAAAUCAUGAAGACACAGACGGUGAAUGUUUAUGACUGCAGUAUGGUGUCACCCUACCCUCUGUUGUUCUUUGGAGGAAAAAUCUCUUACUCUAUUUCUCCUGUAAAAGGCAGAGACAGAGAGUGCAUAAAGGUAGAUGAUUGGAUAACAUUCUGGACAGACAAAGCAACCUUUGAUCUAGUCAAGGAUCUGAGGAAGCAGUUAGACAGAAUCCUAGAAGACAGAAUUGUGUCACCCAAGGCCUUUGAUUUGACCGUAGAGUCCAGAGACCAGGUCAUCAUUAAUGCUAUAGUGGACCUCAUUUGUAAAGAGGAAGUUAACUUCCACAACUUCAGAGAGGAGGAUUUUGAUGAUUCCAGCUGAGGACACCUCCCCUAGGAAAGGGGAAAUUUGAAUGCUCCAUACAAAGAGAGUAGCUAUGUGAACAAUUUCUAGCCAUGGCAUUAUCUUUCCAGCACACAUUUGGAGAUGAAAAUUUAAGCCAGAUUUAAUGCAGUGAGGGAUUUUUAAAGAUCUAGGGUAGUCAGAGUUGAAUUCUACAGACAGCAUUCUUUGAUUCACACUGAUGCAGUAAUUACACCUACCAGAAAGGGUGUAGAAAGUCAGACAUGAAGUGUCAGCUAUGACAAAAACACAGUGAUUUCUUUAAUUCUUGUUUUACUGAUAAACUGAGAUUUGUAUUGUUGUUGAUUGCAAUCAUAUUUUAUAUUUUGACAUGAAUUAAUAAAAGUACAUGUAGCUUG